AUGAGAAUUGUGUGCAUCGGAGCGGGCUACGUGGGUGGGCCCACUAUGGCCAUUAUGGCGGAUCGCUGCCCUGGCCAUACGGUGACCGUCGUCGACGUCAACGAGGAUCGCAUCGCUGCAUGGAAUUCCGACAGCUUGCCGAUCUUCGAGCCAGGCUUGGACGAGGUGGUCAAGAAGACUCGUGGGCGCAACUUGUUCUUCAGCACCGAGAAGGAGAAGUACGUGGCCGAGGCCGACAUGAUCUUCGUGGCCGUCAAUACCCCCACGAAGCUCACCGGCAUCGGCGCGGGGAAGGCGGCCGACCUAACGUACUGGGAGGGCUGUGCUCGGUUGAUCGCGACGUGCUGCAAGGCUGGCGACAAGAAGGUGGUGGUGGAGAAGAGCACAGUGCCGGUGCGCACGGCGGAUGCAAUCCAGCGCGUGCUGACGAAGUGCGCGCCGGAGGCGGAAUUUCAGGUUUUGUCAAACCCGGAGUUUCUUGCUGAGGGCACGGCAAUCAAUGACCUGCUCAAGCCAGACCGGGUGCUGAUUGGGCACGCUCGAAGCGAUGCGGGUGCCGCAGCAUGCGAAUUGCUCGCAUCCGUAUACGCGGAGUGGAUUCCGCGGGAACGCAUUCUCAAGUCUUCCAUUUGGAGUGCGGAAUUAGCGAAGCUGACUGCCAACGCUAUGCUGGCUCAGAGGGUGUCGUCCAUCAAUGCGAUGUCCGCGGUGUGCGAGGCGACUGGUGCGGACGUCCAGGAAAUUGCCACGUCCGUUGGAAUGGACUCGCGCAUCGGGCCCAAGUUCUUGAACGCCUCGGUCGGCUUUGGUGGCUCUUGUUUCCAGAAGGAUAUUCUGAACCUGGUAUACAUUUGCGAGACACUUAACCUAAAACCAGUUGCUGAGUACUGGGAACAGGUCCUGAAGAUCAACGAGUUCCAGAAGGAGCGGUUCGUCGACGCCAUCGUGGCGACGCUCUUCAACACGGUUCGUGGCAAGCGCAUUGCAGUUCUGGGCUUUGCGUUCAAGAAGAAUACAGGAGACACGAGGGAGAGCCCUGCGAUCGCCAUUUGCAAGCGCCUCCUUGAUGAAGGAGCCAACAUCGCAGUGUAUGAUCCCCAGGUCUCGGAGCAAGAUAUUAUGACGGCCCUAGCACAUGCCAGUGUGCAUGAGUGGUGGGACCAUCCGCUGGCGGAGAGUGUGCGGGCCGAACGGAACAAGUCGGUGCGAACUCACGUAAAUGUGGUCGGGGACGCUCUUUCUGCGACCAAGGGCGCUCAUGCUGCGCUGGUGCUCACAGAGUGGGACGAGUUCAAGACCGUGGACUGGGAACGCGCCUACGAGCUCAUGGAGAAGCCGGCGAGCGUUUUUGAUGGCAGGCUGAUACUCAACCGCGAUGCGCUGCGAAAGAUUGGUUUCGUAGUGCAUGGGUUGGGCAAGCCUCUGGACCCCUAUGUGGCAGAGGCCACUGGCAGACCUGCAGUGUGCCAGUCAUGA